GUUUUUAAAAUCUAUGUCGCUAACUACACGACACCACGGACUGCGUGAGUGAUGGAAGAUGUGUGUAUAUGUGGUUCACGGUUCUGGGGAGCUGAUGGGGAGGCUCAGUAAUUGAGCCUGGUGAUGCCCUCCUUGUUGGCACAGAGAAGUUAAGCAGCUUGGUAGAGUCGCACAGCUGACAAGCGGAGGAGAGCAUUGAGCCUGAGUUGUGAACGCCCACCCUCUGGCUGCAAAACGCUUGCCAUCCUGCGGAAAACCAAGACAUCCAGUGGAACGCGUGGACUCUGCGCCCAGCAGCGGCGGUGGGCGCAGCCGAGGGGACGUCUUGUAGCAGACGUCGCUUCUUACCGGGGUGUAAGGUAGUAAGGGAACCCCGGCCCCGGACUGAUCGAGACCCCCCGACCCGGGAACCCUACCGCGGGGGGAAAAGGGCUUCCGAAGCACGCUCCGCCGCAGGGGGGCGCCCCUGGCUGGCCGCUGCUUGGCUAGUGGUCCCCGCCACAGGGCGCGUCGCCUUCAAGAAGAUGUCGCUGUCCGGCGGGGAGCGCCCAGCUUGGCCAGGGACUCGCCUGUCCUGGUUGCUAUGCUGCAGCGCCCUGUUGUCCCCAGCUGCCGGCUACGUGAUCGUGAGCUCGGUGUCCUGGGCUGUCACCAACGAGGUAGACGAGGAUCUGGACAGUGCGUCCACCGAGGAGGCGCUGCCCGCGCUGCUGGAGGACUCGAGCAGCAUCUGGCAGCAGAGCUUCCCGGCCUCGGCGCACAAGGAGGACACGCACCUGCGGCCUCGGGGCUCCGCCCGCGCCAGGCCCGCACCGGCCGCGCGUGGCAUGUUCUCCUACCGGCGGGAGAGCGGUUCAUCUGAGGCAUCCCCCGGCCCCAGGGUGCAUGCAGGCACCGCCCGCUCCUUAGCCCACGCUAGCUCCUGGGGCUGUCUGGCCACCAUGUCCACCCACGAAAAGAUCCGAGGAGUGCCCUUUGGGAGCUGCCUGGCCAUCAGUGAUGGCCCUGUCCACAACAGCACAGGGAUCCCUUUCUUCUACAUGACAGCCAAGGACCCUGCCGUGGCUGACCUGAUGAAGAACCCCACAGCCUCGUUGAUGCUGCCCGAGUCCGAGGGAGAGUUUUGCAGAAAAAACAUCGUUGACCCAGAAGACCCCCGAUGUGCCCGGUUAACGCUUACUGGCCGGAUGGUCAUUGUGCCACCGGGAGAGGUGGAAUUCGCCAAGCAAGCCAUGUUUUCAAGGCAUCCAGGGAUGAGGAAGUGGCCCCGCCAGUAUGAAUGGUUCUUCAUGAAGAUGUGGGUAGAACAUAUCUGGCUUCAGAAAUGGUAUGGAGGUAUAUCUGACAUCCCGAGGGAGGAGUACUUCAAAGCAGCUCCAAGAAAGGCCUGAUAGUAACACAAAAGUCUUGGGGUUUGCAUUAGAAUGAAGACCUCUGAAGUAAAGAAGCCAGACAGUCUCUGACUGCCGUCUCUUUGUUUGAAGGGUGCCCAGCUGCCCUGUCAUCCUACAGCAGAAUGAGGAAGGAUGAACAGGGAGCCUUGGGCUAGAGCUGAGAUUCAUCGGAGUGGUCCUUUGCUGAUCCAUCAUCCACACAGGCACUCGCAUAGAAACGUUUCUGUUUACGCCGUACUCAAUCUAGACACACCCAUUUGGAAAUCGUGGUUGUCAAAAUGGAAGUGGUAGUUCUAAAUCUGUCCUUUAAAAACAAACAAACAAACAAACAAAUGACGCCUGUAUGUAGCAUGUUAUUGCCUUGUAUCGUGAGAACAUUGUAUUGCUUACCAUCCACAAGUCAUGCCUUUAGAUGGAAGCUCACUGCAUAAAAAGAGCUGGGCACGGGUUUACAUACCAUGGCUGUGGGUUCGGGGCAAGGUGGGAGGCUUUUUGUCAGAAGGUUAUUCACUGUGUCACUGAAUUGAAGACACGUUUUCUAGAACGUACAGGUCACUUGGGGAGCCUUCCUCCCACCGUAGUACAGCAAGUAGAGAGAACACAUGCAAUUCUGUGCCUGGCCUGCUCUGUGUGAGCAGACUCCAGCAGAACAUUAACAAGAAUGAGGUAGCUUUGCCAUUGGGCUUCCGGGAUCCCAGUCGUUCAUAUUUCUGGUAGGAAGUGCCCCUCUACCGUUCAGGAAGUGUGGUAAGAAGCACCUCCUUCCACGUGAAGUAGCAAAGACAGAGGAGAGAGUGCAAGGGAGAAAGCGAAGGCAGAAGGAGCCCAAGAGUCUGCUCACUGCCUAGCCUCAGGCCAGACCCUCAACAGAAUCACCUCACUUAAGCCCUACCCAGUCAGAUGCACAUCUUGGUGUCUCUUUCAGGCCAGGAGACUGAGGCUUAGAGAGAGCCAGUCGGCACCCCAAGCUCAGGCUCCUGUGUUCACAGCACACGAUGGGUGAGAUGCUCCUUCUGUGCUUUCCAAUUUUAAACAUGAGUUACUGAAAUGCACAGAGGGUCAUCAAGCACGGGUUGUGAUUUUAAAGGACAAUGACUAAUAUUGGCCUGCUGGAAGUGCCCGGUGCAGGGGUAGGGAGAGAGCAUGCUUUGAAUUUUUUCAACAAACCAUUUACAAGAGUUCCUGGCAUUCAGAGGAUACUAAACUGAAACUGUCUAUGUGCCUGACUGGACCAGAGUACACACCACCAAGGCCGAGUUUUCUAACUUUCCACAAUGGCUAGAAGUUCUCUAUGAUGGAUCAGUGUAUAUUGUAUAACAUAAAAACAUAUCACCAAUGUAGGAAAUAUACACAUCCUUAAAAUAAUUUUGUUUGACAUAGUAGGACAUGAACAGAGUUUGUGCUGUUAAAACAUAUUUAAGUACUAAUUACUAGACACCUAGUAGAGCUGCAACAAUCCUGUUUUUAUUUGACAUAAGCCAGUUCACAAGAGUUCCCAACAAUCAUUAUUUCUAAUACAUAAUCAUAGGGUAGCUUUGUUAGAGGUAUUUCUUAUUUUUAGAGUUUAAAAUUAUUGCUACUCCCAACUUAGAAGAAGGUGGAGGGCUAGAAGAACAAACUGCAGGUUACAGGUGCUCCAUAGGUCAACCUCAGACAUCAAUCCUUGAAGCUCCACUCCUCUCAUGGCUUCCUCAUCCUGGCUUCCCAACCCACCUCACUGGUCCCUUUUGCUAUGUUAGCUUGUUAUGAGUUAGCACCUUAAGGGCUCCUAAUGCUUCAAAGAGUAGGUUCCAAUUAGAAACCCCAAGGAGCAUUGUCAGCUAUUUAUCAAAACUACAAGAAAUGAAAUCUGAAUUGUCUGGACUGCAAGAACAAUGGGCUUGAAUCAGAUGGUCCCUCUUCAGGCAAAUGUGUUUCAGCAAUUCUCCAGGAAUUUAUAUAAAGCAAAUUUAAAUUUGUAGCUUUAGACAUAGUAAUAUGGCAAGAAAAAGAAAUUAAAUAUGUACAAAUUAGAAAAAAAGGAAUAAAAGUCUCCUUAUUUA